AUGAAGGUGCCUGCCGCUCAGGGAACAGAGGAGCGAAUGGAGGCGCUCCGCUCAUCGGGUGUGAAUGUUGUGGUGGAAGCCUGCGACGUUGCGGAGGAGUCCAGCGUUCUCGCGUUACUGGAACGGAUCCAGGACACGCACGGCCCCCUCCGGGUCGUCGUACAUGCCAGCGGUCUGAUAGAGGACCGGUCCAUCUACGACCAGGAUGCAGAUUCCUUCCGGAAGGUCUUCGAGCCCAAAGCUCUGGGGGCUUGGCACUUGCACCGCCACACAAUGGGAGACAGGCUGCACGCCUUCGUGCUCUGCUCCUCCGUAGCCGCACUCUUCGGCAGCCGGGGACAGGCCAACUACGCUGCUGCCAGUGGCUACCUCGACGAGCUGGCGAGGCUGCGGACGGCCCACGACCUACCUGCCGUCAGCCUGCAGUGGCCGGGAGUCUCGGGCCGCCGGGUGCUGUCCAGUCUGGAUAAGAAGACAGCCAAGAGCAGCAUCAGCCUGACCGUGGUGAGGCAAGUCUUCAAGUUGGCCGUGGCUGGCGCCAAAGAUCCCGGGGAGCCAGUGCAGGCCGUACUGCCCGGCGCGUACCUGUCGCCGACGUCAACCACAGUUCGCAGCUUGUUAGAGCCGCUUCUUGCUCGGCGGAAGGCCUGGCAAGCAGGGUUUCUGCCCAGUUCUCGGAAGCCCCGGCUCCACGUCUCAAAUGCACGAGGAUGCGGCGAGCUCCUGCAAGAUCAUAUGCACAAGGGGGCCCGAGACAGGAGAUGCAAAGCAGAACCCUUGCAGUCAGCAUAA